AUGGCCCAGAGUGGAGAAAGUGGCAGACCUCAGGGCUCUCCGGACAGCCCGGCCAAGGGUGCCAGCGCCCCUGUGGCCACCGCCGAACCCAAGAUCAUGAAAGUCAAGGUGAAGACCCCGAAGGAGAAGGAGGAGUUCGCCAUGCCCGAGAACAGUUCCGUCCAGCAGUUUAAAGAAGAAAUUUCUAAACGUUUUAAAUCACAUACUGAACAACUUGUAUUGAUAUUUGCUGGAAACAUUUUAAAAGAUCAGGAUACUUUGAGCCAGCAUGGAAUUCAUGAUGGACUUACUGUUCACCUUGUCAUCAAAACUCAAAACAGGUCUCAAGACUAUUCAGCUCAGCAGACAAACACUACCGGGAACAAUGCUACCAAUUCACCCCCUAUUAGUAACCCCACAUCUGGUUAUGCUACCAGCAAUUCUUUUGGUUUAGGUGGACUUGGAGGACUUGCAUGUUUGAGUAGCUUGGGCUUGAAUACUACCAACUUCUCUGAACUACAGAGCCAAAUGCAACAACAACUUUUAUCCAACCCUGAAAUGAUGGUCCAGAUCAUGGAAAAUCCCUUCGUUCAGAGCAUGCUCUCCAAUCCUGACCUGAUGAGGCAGUUAAUUAUGGCCAACCCACAAAUGCAGCAGUUGAUACAGAGAAAUCCAGAAAUUAGUCAUAUGCUUAAUAAUCCAGAUAUAAUGAGACAAACAUUGGAACUUGCCAGGAAUCCAGCAAUGAUGCAGGAAAUGAUGAGAAACCAGGACCGAGCUUUGAGCAACCUGGAAAGUAUCCCCGGAGGAUACAAUGCUUUGCGCCGCAUGUAUACAGAUAUUCAGGAACCAAUGCUGAGUGCUGCCCAAGAGCAGUUUGGUGGCAAUCCAUUUGCUUCCUUAGUGAGCAGUACAUCCUCAGGUGAAGGUAGUCAACCUUCUCGUACAGAAAAUAGAGAUCCAUUACCCAAUCCAUGGGCUCCACAGGCUUCCCAGAGUUCAUCAGCUUCCAGUGGCUCCACUAACACUGUGAGUGGCACUACUGGCAAUGCUACCAGUGCCACUACUGGGCAGAGUACUGCUGGGCCAAAUUUGGCGCCUGGAGUAGGAGGAGCUAGUAUGUUCAACACACCAGGAAUGCAGAGCUUGUUGCAGCAAAUAACUAAAAACCCACAACUUAUGCAAAACAUGUUGUCCGCCCCUUACAUGAGGAUCAUGAUGCAGUCCCUAAGACAGAAUCCUGACCUUGCUUCACAGAUGAUGCUGAAUAAUCCCCUAUUUGCUGGAAAUCCUCAGCUUCAAGAGCAAAUGAGACAACAACUCCCAACUUUUCUCCAACAAAUGCAGAAUCCUGAUACAUUAUCAGCAAUGUCAAACCCUAGAGCAAUGCAGGCCUUGCUACAGGUUAAGCAGGGUUUACAGACAUUGGCAACGGAAGCCCCCGGCCUCAUCCCAGGGUUUAAUCCUGGCUUGGGGGCAUUAGGAAGCACUGGAGGCCCUUCAGGAACCAAUGGUGCUAACACCGCACCAAGUGAAAAUGCAAACCCUACAACAGGAACUACUGAACAACCUGGACACCAGCAGUUCAUUCAACAAAUGCUGCAGGCUCUGGCUGGAGUAAACCCACAACUAUAGAAUCCCAAAGUCAGAUUUCAGCAACAACUGGAGCAGGUCAGUGCUAUGGGGUUUUUGAACCGUGAAACAAACUUACAAGCACUAAUAGCAACAGGAGGAGACAUCAAUGCAGCUAUUGAAUGGUUAUUGGGCUCUCAACUAUCAUAGCAGCAUUUCUGUAUCUUGGAAAAAAAUGUAAUUUAUUUUUGAUAAUGGCUCUUAAAUCUUUAAAAUACCUGCUUUAUUUCAUUUUUACUCUUGGAAUUCUGUGCUGUUAUAAAGCCAAUAUGAUGGCUUUUUAAGGGGGAGUACAGUAAGAUGUGUGGAUUUUUCUGUAUUUUUCUUUUUUGGAACAGUGGGAAUCAAUGCUUUUUCAUUUAAGGCUACUGCAUGCAUUAAACAUUUCUGCAUUGUAAUUUUUUAAAAACACCUUUUAUAAUUGGGUGAACAGAUUUUUGUCCUGCAUCUGUCCAAUUUAUUUGCUUUUUAACAUUAGCCUAUGAUAGUAAUUUAUGUAGAAUAAAAGCAUUUAAAAAGAAGCAAAUCAUUUGUGCUCUAUAAUUUGUAGUACAGUAUUGCUUAUUGUGACUUUGGCAUGUAUUUUUGCAAAUGCUGUAAGAUUUAUAC